AUGUUAAGUUUCCUCACCCACCCGGUGAGUUCGGAGCCAGGGGCCUCUGCGGCCGACGGUGCGGCAACUGCUGCAGCGCCGGCUUCGCUCUCGGCAGCGCCGGAGGCCCAGCAGGCGGCUGGUGACGCCCCCUCCGCUUCAUGCGCUACUGUCUCAUCUGUCAGUGCCUUCUCGGCAUCUCACAGUGGGAGCGCAGUUCUUCCGUCUACAGCAGACUCCUCUUCUCCGUCCUCUUCUCUUUCACCUGCAUCUCAGAUGUCGGGAGUUGCGGCUUUGAAUCAUCCUGACUGCAGUUCGGGUGCAUCUGCCUCCGCUCCUCCCCCUCCGUCCAUUCCUCCAGCUAGCACCGUUCACGUGGGAACCGCUGUCUCUGAUUCGUGUGGCGCGAUGGAGUCGGGUCAGAGCGUCGUCACUGCGCCGGCCGUGGAGACCGCGGCUCUCAAAGGGACAGCUGUCGGUGUCUCACCACGGGCGGUGCCUGUGCACCCGACGUUCGCAGCCGGCGGAGACGACGACGCGACUCUUUUGGGAGAGAAUUCGACCAACGUGGCUGCGGCUGACGCUGUCCUCGCCCAGCCGUUGGUGGAUACUGCGGCCGGAAGUUCCUCCGGCGAAGCGGCUGAGCGCUGUGCCGCCGUGAAUGAGGAUGCGGCGACGGUGAACCCGGCGUCUGCCGCUCUCCUGACUUUCUCCUCUGCGCUUCUCGGUGGAGGACAAACGACCAGCGCAGAGAUGAAGCAGGUUGCUGCGUUGACCGAGCUGCCGGGAGGCCUGACGAAACAGGAGGCUGCCGCUGCCAUGGCCGCAGUGGCGAGCGCCGCGGGGGAGACCUCUGAGGGCGUCCUCGCUCGGCUUGCUGCAGUUCUGCCGCUCUCGCCGGGGGCCGACCGCGCUUCAGAGAUAAACGGAGCUCCUGGGCAAGUCGGCAAUAACGCAGUGCCGGCGAGCGAGAGUGGGAACAAUGUGCCUGCGGCUGCGGAUGGCUCGCCCGUUUCCGUGGAUGCCGCGGCCGCUAACCAGAGCGGCUGUCCAGUCCCACAGGAGGCGCCGGCGACUGGCGGUGGGGAAAUAGCCGCUCCAAAUGUUCUGAGCGAGAAGACGGCGACUCCUGGCGAAGCUCCGCAGACCGCAGGACAGACCUUCUCGGAUUUGCUUCUCGAAGGCCUUGUCAAGGGGGAGCAGCAACAAGACGCCGGGGCAGCAGCCGCUGCGACACUCGGCUCGACACUAAAACCAGGAGGCCUAGCGGCUCCUGCAGCUGCACCGGGUGCCGCUGGAAUCGCGGUUCGUCUUGACGGCACGCAGGCUCUUCCAGCGCGGGCGCCGCUCCUAUCCUCGCUCUCUUCUUUGGAUUCUUUUAAACGACUUUGCUACGGGUCGGCAUCUCCUUCUCUCUUUGAGACUUUGAGCGCAAGUAACAGCAUUGAGCAACUGUCAUCACUUUCGUCGUUUUCUCUGCAAGCCUUGUCUGCGGCGGCCGCGUCCUCAGUGGAUGAAGCGGCAGCGGCUCAGGCUGUCGCAGCUGCGGCCGCCUCGACUCCGGCGACGACGGCAGCGGCGGUUGCGGCGUUGACAGGAGCCCAGGCGCCUGGUGCGGCCGCUCCAGCGGUCGCUGGUCUGGCUCCGGCUCUCCACCCUUCGGCCCCAGUCGAGGGUCCAACAACUUCGGCGGUGAACGCAGAAGUUGCCCCUGGCUCUGAGUCUCGGCCUGCGGAGGCGGCGGUGCAUCCAUCGACUGCGGCAGUUGCCGGGGACUCGGGGAGCGCCGAGGGAGCGCCGGCGGGCGCCGCCGGCGCAGCCGUGGCUCAGGGGACUCUGCCAGCGUCGUGCACCCCGGAUUCUCUAGGUGCGCUGGGCGGCCUGAUGACAGCCCCAGGCGCCGGCGCGGUAGCCCAAGCAGAAGGCACCGAAGAGGCGAACAACGUAGUCGCCAAUGCGUCGAGUGAAGGCGCACCCGCGGCCGCGUUCACCGGCGUUCCGGAGGGCGAAGCCGAGAGCGGCGCAAACGGCUCGGGGACCGCAGCUGCCGCCUUUUCAGCUGGUGUGGUUGGUGGCGCGACUGUCGCCGACGGCCUUGUCGCCACGAGCCCAACUUCGGCAGCCGCUGCAGCCGCGACAGCAGCCGGCAUGGGUUUCGCGAUGGACAACGUUACAGCUGCGUUGCAGGCUGAGCAGAUGCAGCGACUUCUGGCCGAAUUCGCGUCCUCAGAUGACCCGUACGCGGCCGCGAUGGCUGUCGGAGGCCUAGGCUGCCCGGCUCUCGGCGCGUCUGCGGCAGGAGCGGCGGGGGCCGGCAGUAGCAGCAGCAGCAGUGGCGGAGGUAUCACAGGAGCAGGGGCUGGAGCAGCGGGUGUCGCCGGCGACGUUGUCGUCUUGGACGAGCAGCAGAGACAGCAGCAGCUGCUGAUCCCACAUGAACACCAGCUGGCGGCUCUUACGUAUUUGCAAAGCAUGGAAGGCAUGACCGACGCGGUGAAUGGCUCGCUGUGGAUGCCAGGCAUUCUGGGGAGCCGGCUCGGCGCGACCGGUUUUUUCCAUUCUCUGUACGACUUUGCAAAUACGGCCCUGGCCGCGGCAGCGGUGGCGGCGCCUGCGGCUACAGCGGCGGCGGCGCCCGCGUGCGCCGGGGCGACGCCUGGGGCGGCGGUCGGGGCUGCUGUGCCCUCCUCCGCGGCUGCGACGGAUGCGGCGGCAGCCGUCGGCGCCCUCGGUGCGGCCGCUGCGACGACCGGUCGAUCGCACCGAAGGGGUGGGGGCCACGCGGUGGCUGGGCGAGGCCGCGGAGGCGGCCCUAUUGUCUCACCCGGGGUCUCUGACGCACUUGCGUGCGUCCCUGGUGGAGUCUUGGGCGCCACGACCGAGGCCUUUGCGCAGGGCGCUGCCGACCCGACCGCCGUCGCAGGGGGGGAUGCCGCUGCGGCUGCGGCGGCCGCGGCAGCCGCGGCUGCGGCAGCGUGGGGCGUGUACGGAGGCAUUCCGCAAGCAGCUGGAGUCGGCGAUGUCGCUCUCACCGGUGCCGAAGCAGUUGCAGCUGCCGCGCCGCCUGUGAAACGCACACGAGGGAGGCCUCGCAAGCGUCCUGCAGAGAACGCCGCCACCCGCUCAGGCUCCCUCGCGGUCAAGCAAGAAGCAGGGCCAGCGGGACUGGGCGCGGCCGCCUCUCCCGCCCUCGGCGUGGGCGAGGAUCAGAAACUGGGCAGCGUGCCAGGCGUCGACGCGGCGGCGGCGGGCAGUCCUGCAGCAGCUGCGGCGCUGCAGCGGUCACGGCAGCAGCUGGGGGCGACACCGGCCCCCAAGCGGUAUCGCCGCGGAACGAACAACCCCGACAGCGGCUUCCCUGGCGUAUCUUGGAACAGCCGCAUGCAGGCCUGGCUGGCUUUUUACGUGGACAAAGAAGGGACGCGCCGCAGCCACACCUUCAAGUGCAACAAAUUCGGCGGAAUCGAGACGGCUCGCGUGGAGGCGAUCGAUUGGUUGAUUCGCAAGCGCGGCGAGCUGCAGGCGGAGAGCGAGCAGCAGCGCCAGCAGCAGGCGCAGCAGCAGGCGCAGCUUCAACAGGUCCAGCAGCUCCAGAACGUGCAGGCGUCCACGGCGCAACAGCAGCUCCAGGCUCAGCUGCAACAGCAAACCCAGCAGCUGCAGCAGCUGCAGCAGCUGCCCUUCACGCAUACAACGCCUGACGGCCGUCUCGUCGGCCUGGGCGUCGGCUCAGAUCAACAGUCAGAUCUUCAGCUCCACCAACUGCUCCAAGAGGAACUGCUGCUUCAGCAGCAGCAGCAGCUCCUCCUUCAGCAGCACGCAGAGCAGCAGUUGCAUCAGCACCAGAGCGGCGGCGCGACCUUGUCGGCCCUGGAGGCCCUCCAGCCUUCUGCGGAUGCGCUGGUCUGUGCGAUUGGCGGCCUUGAGAAGGCGGCGGAGGACUCGUUGAUGGCGCAGCACGCUCAGCAGGCGGCUGCAGGAGGUCUGGAAGGCGCCGGCGGAGAAGAAGCUGCGGACAAGAUGGGCGUCGUAGGGGUCGUUGACCCUCAAACGCUGGAAGGCGCGGAGCCGCAGCUGCAGCAGCAAGCGCCCCCUCAGGCGGACAUGGGGGCGCAGGAAGCCCUCCACGCAACGGGAGAAGUGUCUCAGGAACAAUGGACAGGAGCCGCCGCAGCCUCGGGAGCCGCACCGGGGACGGAGACCAUGGGGGGCGCGGCCGCGAAGGGCGGCGAAGGCCUCGGGCUCGAGAUGCAGCCGGGACAAGAGACCGUUAUGCUGGCUGCUCCGGUGAACAGCGAGGAGUUCCUGCGGACGAGUGGAGAACUCGGCGGAACUGUCGGCGAGCUCCUCGGCUCCCUCCAGGAGGGUGGAGCUGUCGACCCGACUGCCGAACAGCUCGCAUCCUCUCUGGACGCAGGAGUCACCGGGGGGGGCGAUGUGGCGGGCGUGGAGGCGCCGCCGCUCGCGGGAGAGAUCGGCACACCCGCUGGCGUUGGCGAAAAAACGGAGCCUGAGCAGACCCCUGCCGCUGUGGAAGGCGCCCUGUUGUAG